GAGACCAAGUGACUUGCCAAGGAUGAAGUACACAACCUUUCAUCACUCCAGUCCAUGCAUUCCUUGACAAUGGAGAAAAGUAAUUGAGGCAAUAUCUUAAAGUUCAGGAGGACGUGCAUGAGGAUAUGUUAUGUGCACUUCUGUUGCCAACCAACACCACAGUCGUUGAAUGAUUACGUAACAGGAAAACUGAAUUGGUCAUUUUGUGUCGGUAUAUGCACAGCUGGAGUGGCUGCCAUGACUGGAUGGCUUUCUGGUUUCACUACUCAGGUCAAAGAGGUCGCUUCUGAAUGUGAGAAUAACAACUGUGUUCAAGUCGGCAGAUAAAGUGGCUGCAUUCAAAGGCAAACUGGAAUUAUGGGGGCAACGAGUAAAUAUUGGGAUUUUUGACAUGUUUCAAACAUUAGCAGAGAUUUUGAAAGAGACUGAGCCAGGGCCUUCUUUCUCUCAGCUGGGGCAUGAUCACCUGUCUCAGCUUUCAAAAGAGUUUGAGCAUUACUUCUUAACCACAAAAGACACCCAAACUGGGAAGGAAUGGAUCCGUGACCCAUUUGUGAAUAAUCGACUUUGUCCUUGCUAGAAGAGGAUCAACUGCUUGAGAUCGCAAAUGACGGUGGCCUUAAAGAUAUGUCUGAGACAACUUCAAAUCUCCAUACGUUCUGGAUUAAAGUCACGGUGGAAUAACCUGAGAUUGCCACAAAAGCACUGAAAAGCCUGCUUCCGUUUCCAACAUCCUAUCUUUGUGAAGCAGGGUUUUCUGCAGUGAUGGCGACCAGAACGAGAUUACGGGGUAGACUGAACAUAAACAGCACACUUCGGAUGUCCCUGUCUCCCAUCACCCCCAGAUGGGACCAUCUAGUUGCAAGAAAACAAGCCUAGGGCUCCCACUGAUUCUGCAUGACGCUCCUUCAAGCUAUUUUCAAUACAGAAGCCAACGUGGGCUUUUUAAAGCAGAAGUCAGAUUGUUACCGAGUCUAAGCUUAUACUGCUCGUCACAUGACAGGCCAAUAAUCGAGAGACGAGUUGUUGGGACAAGGAAUAGUGACUUUAUUUGGAAAGCCAGCAAACUGAGAAGAUGGCGGGCUCGUGCCCCAAAGAACCAUCUUGCCUGAGUUAGAAUUCAGGCUCCUUUUAUGCUAAAAGGGGAGGGAGUAAAGUCAAACACUCCCUGGUUCCCAUCUGCUUCCCGAAGGAUGUGUUCAUUUCUUCCUUCCUGCAGUCAUUCACAGAAAAGAAAAGAGACUUCUCUUCCAGCCAAGAUGAAAGACACACAAGCCACUCAGGAAAUUUCGGCGGUCCUGCAGAGUGAAGUCCAUGAGCAGGAAGAUAAAAUGGAAAAUCAAGCGCAAAUUGAAGACACAUGUGAUGAUCUCCCAAAGACACAGCGAUCUUUAGUACAUUCUUUUCCAACGUCAGUGGAUUCAGAUACCACUACACUGCCACGUCCAUGGUCAUUAUCCAAUGAAAUACCUCUCAGUUACUAUCUGUCUAGCCCUCAGGUUAGUGGAGUAACUUUAUCAACAAUUGGACCAAAGCCUCUUACACCUGCUCUAGUGAGGCAUUCCCAAUCAGAAGACAGCUUGGGACUCAACAACUUCAAAAUUCCAAAGAAACACACUAUGCCGGUCCUUGCUUCUCAGCCAGCUGUGAUUGGGGAAGGGGAGGAUUAUUUCCUAUCUUUGUUUGGUGAUUCAAAGAAACUUGUCGUGCACUCAUUCCACACCAAGAAAACUUGGAAGCACUUUUCUAUGAUUCUUGAAGAAGUGGGCCAAUCUAGAUCCAGUGCUCUUGGAGACAUUAAAAUAGCUGAAGUGAAUGUCAAAGGUUUAUGCGUGAAGCUCAUUAACUCUUCCCUUGACAAAGAACUGGAAAUUGGAAAUCAUAUUCUCCAACAAAAUGUGGAUGGACGAACAGUCUCUCUGUACCAAUUCCUUCCCAAUAUCAUAAUGCAGGCCAAUUCCAUGGUAACAGUCUGGGCAGCAGCAUCUGAAGCAAAGCACCAGCCACCAUCAGAUUUUCUUUGGAAGGAACAAAACAGAUUUAGGACAAGCCCAAAUUGUACAACAAUCCUGUGCAAGCCUAAUGGUGAAGCUGUUGCCUGGUACACUCCUAUUCACUGGAAGCAAGCAUGGGAGAAAUUAGAGACCGACAUUGAAUGUGACAGGUGCUCAGUAGUAAGUCCAACAUCUCAAAGGCACAUGUUUCAUUGGCCAGCAGCUACAACUACCACUAAAGAAAAACAAGAUCAAUCUAAGAAAGGUAUCUCAAAAUAUCAGGUGGAACAAGUUCGAGCUUCUCUUACAAGAGAAAAAGAAAUCCCACCAACCCUUUUUCCCAAUCGCAGCCCUUGGUGCCACAGUCCUAAUGUCUCUGCACAUCCUUACUGUCCACUGAUUGAUCCUCACAACACCUACAUGACUGAAUGCAGCUUAGACAGACAGCCCAGGUCUCAGUCAGCCAGGCCUGAUCCAGCCAGAGAUCGAGGAAAAACAGGACGUCUGAGUUACAAAAGCAACAGGCAGUCAAUUCAACUUUUAAAGGACAAUAACAUCCAAGUCUAGAGAACAACACAGGGAUGCCUGACAUGAUGCAGCCUGCCUUCCACACAGGAGAGGAAACCAGCAAGCGAGAACACGGUUUCUUUUAGAAAAGAUAAUUCCUCAGGACUUUUCUGUAACCAUUUCUUAAAGCAGGAGAGAGAGUUUGUGGACAAGUUAAAACAUUUGUUUUCUAGGCUGUUAUGAAGAAAAACAUUGGUCAAAAGCAAAAUCAUCACUGUUUUCAUUUUAUGCACAUGAAGUUUCCCAGUCACUAAUUUCAGUCUUUUAUACCCUGCCCAGCUGUUAGGUUGACAACUUCUGCCAUUUCUGCAGAUGCAUUUUCCAAAAGCACAUGUUUCAGGAAUUCUGAAGCUUGUGGUCUGAUUCUCUAUACUUGGAAUCUGUCUCCCGAAAGCAUGCGUUAAUCCGGCUUCCUAAUGGCUGGAAGUAAGAGAUGAAGUUUCUAUGGAGUAACUAGUUGGGAGUUUUUAAACCUGCCUACAUGCAACUCAAAUUCAGCCAAAAUAAUCUCUUCCACCUCGUGAUACUAGGUACAAAAUCCCACAGAUAGGAAAUGUCAAGAGUGUUUUAAUUAAAUAAUCUGAUAGAGCUACUUUUUUUUUUUUUUUUUAACAAUUCUCACUUCUUAGUCUUUGGAGAUCUUAUUCUAUACCCAUCAAGAGUGUAGAAGCUGAAAAACUAAUGAACUUGCUCAUUUUUAACGUUGACCCUCUUUAUAGGCAGAAGGUAUGAUUGCUUCAGUUUCUGAGAACAAAUCCUGUCUAUACCUGGUAGCCCAGCUUAAUUUAAUUUAAUUUCUGUUUAUUUAUAUAACAUAUGCAGGAAGAUGGGGCAUAUACAGUCUUGGAAGGUGAGAAGGAGUAAGAAGAGUGAGGGCCUUCCCCCAAUAUACUGUUUAAAAAAGUAAACGUAAAAUAACCCCAGAAAUGAUCACUAGUGGUGAUCAUUGAGUUUUGUUUUAUUAUAUCCAAAUAUCGAGGGCUAAAAAUACUUUAUUUUUAAAAAGUCAUGUGCCAAGGAACUCAAACAUAUACGUAUACCAAUAUUAAUAGCAGCAUUAUUCAUAAGAGACAAAAGGUGAAAACAAGCCAAGUGUCCACCAGCAGAUGAAUGGAUUUUUAAAAUAUGGUAUAUACUCACAACAGAAGGUUAUUCAUCCAUUAAAAAAAUAAAAUGCUACUAUAUGCUACAACAUGGGUAAACCUUGAAAAUAUUAUGUGAAAUAAGCCAGACACAAAAGGACAGAUAUCCUGAUUCCAUUUUUCUGAGGUACUUAGAAUAGGCAAAUUCAUAGAAGUGGAAAGUACAAUAGCUUUUACCAGGGGUCAGCAAGAGGAGAAUGGGCAAUUGUUGUUUAAGGGGUACAGAAUCUCUGUUCAGGAUGAUGAAAAAGUUCUGGAAAUAGCACACAAUAUUGUGAAUGCACUUAAAAAUAGUUAAAAUGGUAAAUAAAUAAAACUCUAGUAAAAUCAGAUUAGUAUUUCCAAGAUGGAAGAAAAGCCAUAUACCAGUCUAAAGCAUCUGAGAAGAGUUAUAUUUCUUGACAAAAUAAUUUGUCAUAUGCUUUUUGGUUUGAGAUAAAAAGGAUUCACAUUUAACCCAUGCAUAAUGAUGAAGCAAAAAUAUUUUCUAGUCACCAAGCCACACUGAUCACAUUAUUUCUUUAGUCUUUGGACACUUAGGAGUAGACUUCUACCUUUUCAGACAACUCUCAAUAACACCUUAUGCCACUUUGAACCAUUAUGUAUGAUCUUUGAAUCACACGUUGGCUAAAUUGUGUAGGCUCUUCUUUUUCAUAGUUACCAUAGAAACUGUGUAGUCACGGUAUUUGAGGAGACAACAAGAGCAUCUGAGCGUGUACAAUCAAAGGUAACUUGUUUCAUGGUUCAUAACCUCUUCCAGCUGCCUCCAUUUGUGAUUAUCAUGUUCAAGUUGGGAGUAUAAAUGUACAACCCAGAGGGCUCUGGGAACUAAAGCCAAUAAGCGAGCUCACCCGUGCAGGCAUCCCUCCCAGCCUCCUUCCCGCAAAGAUUUGUGAUAGAAACACAUAAAAGAAAUGGCAUGUGAGCCUCAGGUGUUUCCAAUUAUUUCCCUCGAAUGAGGAGAGGUUUCCUAAUCCAAAACAUAUUUCAGCUCAAAUAGUCUUCCUUAUAUUUGAAGAUUGUGUAGCUUCAGAAGAAUUUCAUCUACAUAUCUGAUUCAUUGACACUUCAUCAAUAACAAUAUCCCCUCGGAGCUCUUCUGUAAGAACGCUUCCUCUCUGGGUGGUCAAAAAUACGGUGCAUUUAAGUAUUGCUGGUUUUUGUGAAGCGAACUCUCAGAAAGUGUAUAACCUUUUGCUCUUGCAAGAAAAAGAGAAAUAAAUGCUCAGUGUGGUAGAUUUAUUGUCAGUGACAUCGCCAUGGAGUGUUCUAGCACAAGCCUCAACUAUCUUCCUGCUCAAGGGCUAUCAGUCUCUCUAGAACAGUACAGGAAGGGGAAGAAUGACCUACCUCUGCUGGUAUAAAUCAUUAACUACCUAAGUGGUAAUACUCGGGCAAGACUAUUCAGGGAUUACAAAGAAAGAAUGUGGGUUUGGAGCAUUUUGUUUUCCUAAGAAGUUUCUGAAUGAAAGGUAUAAGACUGAUCAUUUAGGCUUCAGCAGCCUUAGACAGCAGUGAGCUUUAUCUCACGGUCCCAGAAAUUUGCUACUUCAUUGUUGCCUCUGCAAGUUGGCGGCAGCACUCUGCUUAGAAUCAUCUUACAGGAGAAGUGAGGGUUAUUUCAUAAAACAUCCGAGUAACGAUCAUUGUUAAAUAAUAUUCACUUGGUUCUGAAGAACCCAGGGGCAGGACAGGAAUAAAGAUGCAGACGCAGAGAAUGGA